AUGGUCGCCCUGGCAUGUGACAGUACUAAGCCAUUGACAGUCGAGGGUGUGGACUACAGUGUGGCGGACCUUUACAACGCCAUGGAGAAGGAAGACCAAACGGAACUGGCGGAUUCUGCCGGCGGGAGUGCUCCCACUGGUAGUUCGUCGACGGGUGGUGCAGUCGGACCGGACGGGGGUGGUUCCGCCGGAGGGAGUGGCAGCAACACGGAGCGUAAAGGCCCACACUGCAUGAUGCGGCUCGUUGGGAUCCUGUGCGAAGACUCCAUCCGCCCGCUCGUCAUGAACAGUCGCUUGCAGGCGACCCGGCAGGAGCUGGACACCUCAGCAGGUGGGCCGCGGAACAAUUUGUGGACAGAGGUCACCGACCGCUUCCGAGACCCUGGCUACCAUGUGAGAAAAGUCGUGGACGACGAACAAGUGAGUCACGUCAACCCGAACAUCAUCCAGCAACCAAACAUCUCGGCGGAAAAGAUUACCAAGAUGUGGUCUGCGGCAAAGGCGAAAUGGAACACGCCUUUUGCUAACUGGAAGAGUGAAUCCGGUAACAACCAGCCAUGGCUUUCAUUUUGUCAAGGAACCUUGGGCGAUUUUGUGGCCGUGGCAUAA